AUGAAGGGUGCAAACCAGACUGGAAUGAUUCACUUCCACCCCUUCUCCAAACUCCCCGAGGUACAGAUGCUGAUUUUCGUGACCUUCCUGAUUACGUACCUGGUCAGCAUCAGCGGCAACCUCUCCAUUUCUCUCAUCAUCUGGAUUGACCGUUCUCUCCACACCCCCGUGUACUUCCUCCUGGCCAACUUGGCAGCUCCGGAGAUGUGCUACUCUUCCACCGUUGCCCCUCUGACUCUGACAAGCACCCUGUCCAUGGAGAAAACCCUCAUCUCCCUGCGUGGCUGCGGUGCCCAGAUGUCCUUCUUCAUAUUCCUGGGCAGCGCUGACUGCAUUCUGCUGGCCGUCAUGGCCUAUGACAGGGCACGUGGGGUCUUAUUUCCCCAAUCAAGGAUUGAACCUGCGCCCCCUGCAGUGGAAGCAUGGAGUCUUAAUCGCUGGACCACCAGGGAAGUCCCUACUUUGUGACUUUUAGAGGGAGAUGUAGCAGUGUACGUCAUUAUCACUAUCCUCAGCAUCAAGUGAAAAGUCUGUGCUCGGCUUUGGACUUCUCUCCAGAUGUAGUUCUCAGGUUCUUAGCAUUGCACAUAUGGGCAGCGGCAGAGCUAAGAAUAAGAGGCAAAUCAAACCAGGACCAUCCCAGUCAUGAUUCCCGUUAUGUAAAUGCUGAGUCUGUGCCGCUUUGAAUUAUUUAUCUUUCAUCCUAAAUUAUCUUCCAGGGAAAAGUGAUAGGGAAAGCACUAGAGAUUUA